GUUAAGAUCGUUGAGAAAAAAUAAAAAGAAAAGAAUAUUUAUGUUUAGAUUCUUAAGAAAAAAGAAGUGUUAAAAGAAUUUUGUUACUAAUUAGUAAUUAUUAAUAAAUAAACUAGUUUAACAACAAAUUAGAAAACCAAAAAAAAUAAUAAUAAACAGUGACUGAACAAAUUAAUAACAAAAACAACAGCAAAGUGUGUGGUGUUAAUUAAUAAAACAAUUAAAAAAAAUAUUAAUAAAUUUUUUAAAAAAAUAAUUUUUAAAUAAAAUCUUAAACAAAAUGUUUAAUGUACAAGAAUUAAUGGAAUAUCGUAUGCAGCAACAAAUUGCUCAAGAAAUUUAUCGUCAACAAAUUAUGCAACGUAUACCAGAUCCCUUUCCCCAAAUGUUGCCCUUGGGCAUGCCACCACACCAUAUGAUGGUGCCAGCACCUCGUCCCACUCUGCCCGGCAAUGUUGAGGCCAAAUUGGAAAAUAAUGAUUUAUGGCAGCAAUUUCAUAAGAUCGGCACUGAAAUGAUUAUCACCAAAAGUGGAAGACGUAUGUUUCCUUCGAUGCGUGUUUCGGUUAAGGGUUUAGAAGAAGAAUCCCAAUAUUGUGUUUUAUUGGAAAUGGUUCCUAUUGGUGAUUGUCGUUAUAAGUUUUCGGGUUCUCAAUGGGUGCCGGCUGGAGGUGCUGAACCUCAAUCGCCUCAAAGAAUGUUUUUACAUCCCGAUAGCCCUUCGACCGGUUCACAUUGGCAAUCUCAAACUAUAUUAUUCAAUAAAGUCAAAUUGACUAACAAUACCAUGGAUAAUAGUGGUCAUAUCGUUUUGGCCAGCAUGCAUAAAUACCAGCCCCGUUUGCAUAUAAUUAAGACAUCCGAUUUGUCUCAAUUACCCUGGGCUCCUCAGCAAAAUUAUGUAUUUCCUGAAACCGAAUUCAUAGCUGUGACCGCCUAUCAGAAUGAUCGUAUAACAAAAUUGAAAAUUGACAAUAAUCCCUUUGCUAAAGGUUUUCGUGAAACUGGUCAAUCAAAAUGUAAAAGAAAAAUGAUGUCUUCAUCAUCCUCUUCCUCCUCCUCCUCUUCUUCAAGUCAGCAUGAGGAAAGUGAUGAUUGUUUGUCUAAAUCAGAAGAUGAUCGUUCAAGUGUUUCAAGUUUUGACUCACCACCCCAGCAGAAACGUUUGAGAUCUUUAGAAUCUUCAGAUGAAGAAUGUUCGCCUCAAGCAUUACGUUAUGAGCAGUAUUUAAUGGCUCAACAUAAGCAACAACAACAACAGCUACAAGCUCAAUAUAUGAAUUCUCCCACUUCUUCAUUUUAUCAUCCUCAUCAACAGCAAUUGGCUUCUUCACAAUUUAUGCAGCAACAUUUACAAUCUUUAAUCAUGGAUCCUUUGAGAUACAACCUAACUUCUCAUGCUCUACAAAUGCCAGCUCCUACAUAUCAACCUUCCCCAAAUCAUGAAGAAACCAAAUCCUUAGCCUCUUCUUCAGCACCUUCUCCCACACCCUCUACCUCAUCUGCUGCUUCAUCCUCCUCAGCUGAAACCUCUACAGCACCAGCUCAGCCCGCCUCCCAAAAGAGAAAUAAUUUUAGUAUUUCCGCUAUUUUGGCUUAUUAAGAUCAUUUAAAAGGUGACGAAGAGAGGGCGAGAGAGAGAAAGAGAGCAGGACGUCGUUGUGCUAACGAGCAUGAUUUAUGUUAAUUUUUUAAUUAUGAUUGUGAUGUUUUAUGUAUGCUG